AUUAACUACUGUUUCAUUCCUUUUUGCUUUAAUCAUUUUUCCAAAUCCCACCCCACCCACUAACUUUGCCGGGAUUCCACUAUAACCUCCUGAGCUAUGAAAAAGAUCAAAUUUUUAUUAUGAUUUUGUCAAAAUUUGGAGAACCCACAAUUCUUUUGUCUGGGGUUCUUGAUUUGUCAACAGAUGGUGAAAGGAGGGAAACAAUAACAGUAAGAAAGCAGUUGACUGUUUGAGUAAAGAAUGGAUCUUGGUGAUGAUGGAUUCCCCCUUUCUUGCUUCUUCAUGUAUUGAAGUUUGGAAUAGUUUAAUUAAGUGAAUAUUUGGGGGAAUUGGAUUGUUAGAGUGAGUUUAGUAGUUCACUUUUCUAUGUGUGGUGACUUCCUUUUUUCAGUGAUGGUGAUUGGUAUUCAUUUUAAGCAUGGCAGAUCUAGGAAGUAAUUUCUAAUUAUAAGCUUUUUUUGGUUUAGUUUGGAUCAUGGGCAAUGGAUUCUUGAUCUUAAAUGGUAGAUUUUGCUUUCUGUUGGAGGGGGGUGGUGAGUUAAUUUAACAAUGACAGGUGAUGUGGGAGUAGAUGGGCUGCGGGGCAACCUUUCGUAUAUAGAUAGUGAUCUCGAUGGAGGGGAGGCGUGGGGCGGUCUCGGUGCCAUUUAGUUUAGGUAAUUUCACUCUUGACUACCCGAAGAGUAUGGAGGAAGAGGCGGCUACGGAUGCUGAGAUGAAGAGUUUGGGCAACUCUGUGGAUGGAGACAAUGAUGAUUGCAGCUUUGGUGACUCGGGGAGUGAUGUUAGUUUCUCGGUGGCGUUGGGGUCGGGGGAGGUGAGGAGCGAGGGGUCUUCGUCUCUGGUGGCUACGAUGUCUGAGGACGAGAGCCUCUGGCUGGCUCGGGAUGUUGUGGUCCGCGACAGUGAGGAGGAUGGGUCGUCUUCGUUGGAGGGUGAUGCGAUGCCUGAUAGCUCCUGCUCGUUGUCGGUGGUGAGUGAUGCUAGUAGUCUGUGUGGGGACGAUUUCUUGGCGUUUGAGGCCAACUUCUUGGAGGUUGAGAGGGAGCUUGCUUCGAGAAUACUUGUUUCGAGGAAUCCGAGUGGUGAUGAUGCUGUUUUAGGCGAUUCUCCGUCUGUAUCCGCGGAAGGGGCUGCUGAUGUUGCCGUCUCUAAAGCAUUGAAGCCUGAUGCUCGGUUGGAGAAGGGGCCGAGCGGGAGGGGAGGCCGGAGUAUCUUUGAAGUGGAUUGUGUGCCUCUUUGGGGUCUCACCUCUGUUUGUGGUAGGCGGCCGGAGAUGGAAGAUGCAGUCGCAGCUCUGCCUCGUUUGCUGAAAAUCCCGAUCCGGUUGCUGACCGGUGAGGAUGGAGGGGGGACGACGACGUGCUUGAGCCAUCUGACGGGCCACUUCUUUGGCGUGUACGACGGUCAUGGAGGCUCUCAGGUAGCUAACUACUGCCGUGAUCGUCUGCAUCUUGCUUUGAAUGAAGAGUUGGAUGUGAUGAUAAACAACCUUGAUGAUGAUAAUGCUAGCUGUGAAGAGAAGUGGAGGAGAGCUUUCACUAGAUGUUUUCUCAAGGUCGACGAUGAGGUCGGAGGGAAGGCCAGCCUCGAGCCGCUCGCACCCGAGACCGUGGGGUCCACGGCCAUCGUUGCACUAGUGUGCUCUUCUCAUAUAAUAGUGGCCAACUCUGGUGACUCGAGGGCCGUGCUCUACCGUGGCAAAGAAGCCAUGGCCCUUUCCGUCGACCACAAGCCUAAUCGGGAAGACGAGUACGCACGCAUCGAAGCAUCGGGAGGGAAGGUCAUACAAUGGAACGGUCAUCGCGUCUUUGGCGUCCUUGCAAUGUCGAGGUCUAUCGGUACGCCUUCGCAUUCCAUUUCAUUCCUACCGUCAUUCCAUAGUUUCGUGUCUGUCUCAUUUGCUCGAACGUCCAUUUUCCCGCGUGCAGGAGACCGGUAUCUGAAGCCCUGGAUCAUCCCCGAUCCCGAAGUGAUGUUCGUUCCACGGACGAAGGACGACGACUGCCUCGUCCUGGCCAGCGACGGCCUUUGGGAUGUCAUGUCAAACGACGAGGCCUGUGAUCUAGCGCGUAAAAGGAUACUACUUUGGCACAAGCACAACGGCGCCUCCCUCCCGUUGGAACGGGGCGAGGCGAUCGACCCCGCGGCUCAGGCAGCCGCGGAGUAUCUCUCGAACCGGGCGACGCAGAAGGGCAGCAAGGACAACAUCUCCGUUAUUGUAGUAGACUUGAAGACUCAAAGAAAGAUCAAGAACAAGACCUAGUCCUAGAAUAAAGAUAAUUUCUUCUUUUAACCUUUUUAUUUUUUUUCCUUAAAUUAAAUAAUGUGACAAAAAAAAUGUGAUUUGUUUCGCCCAUAUGUUUUAAUUAUGGGCUAUAGAUUUGUGCAAUUAUAAUGUAAAGUUUAUUUAGUAUAGUAGUAUUCGGAUUAGGGUUUUGGAACCCACGCGCCUUCGGCCUUAAGGUUCUGUGUGGUUUGCAGGCUAUUGUAUCGAUCAUAGUGUAUAUUAUAGAAUGAAUGAAAUGUUUUAUUAAUAUGAGUAA